AUGCCUCAGAAUGACUUUGUGGAAAGGCACAUAAAGAAGUAUGGCAGGCGCCUGGACCACGAGCUCAGGAAAUACAAGAAAGAAAGAAGAAACGAGAAGCUGGUGGCAAAGACAGCCAAGAGGCUCUUUGGGCUGAAGGCAAAGCUGUUUGCCAAGAAGCAGCAUGCAGCAAAGAUCCAGCUGAAGAAGGAUCUGAAGAUGAAGGAGUCCAAGAAGAAGGGCAUGGAGGUUAGUGUGGAGGAUAAUCCUCUGCCACACUUCCUACUUGAUAGAGAGAUGCAGGAGAGGGCCCGGGACAUCAACGACAAGAUCAAGCAGCAGAGGCAGGAAAAGGGAUCGAAGUACUCUGUUCCACUACCGAAGAUCCAUCCUCUCCCUGAGAAGGAAGUGUUUGGGGUUGUUGCAAGCGGAAAGCGCAGGUCGAAGCACUGGAAGAGGAUGGUCACCAAGCCGUGUUUUGUCGGGAGCGACUUUACCCGAAAGCCUCCUAAGUACGAAAGGUUCAUAAGGCCCAUGGCAAUGAGAUUUAAGACUGCACAUGUAAGCCAUCCGGAGCUGAACUCCACAUUCAAUCUCAAGAUAAUAGGACUGAAGAAGAACCCCCACUCUGAGGUAUAUACAGGGCUUGGGAUAUUGAGCAAAGGGACUGUUAUAGAAGUGGAUGUCGGUCCUCUCGGACUUGUCAAUGGCUCUGGGAAGAUCAUAUGGGGCAAAUACGCCCAAAUAACAAACAAUCCGGAGAACGAUGGAUGCGUAAAUGCUGUUCUUCUGGUAUAA